GUUUCUGGCUUCUGCCCAACACCCCUCUCACUACCAGUUGGCUCACACAACACGAGCGAGAGAUGGCCCAUGCGCGCAUGGAGCGUGACAGAGUGGGCGACCCGCAAGAACAAGCCAGCAUGAUGGAGGGCUUGAAGCAAGCGUGCAAAGACAAGAGGACCUGGCUCUUCUGCUUCAUGCAGAACUUUCAUCUCAGCGCUUGCUCAUUCAACUCUUUCUUCCCCACAGUUGUCAAGACUCUCGGCUUCAAUCGCACCGUCACCCUCGUUCUGACAUGUCCGCCCUUCCUCUUCGCCGGCGCUGCAGGUAUUUUGACUGGUUGGAGCUCUGGUCGCAUGCAUGAACGCACAUGGCACAUCACUGCCGGGCUGUCUGUUGCGAUUGUUGGUUUUGUCAUUGCUGCCAGUACCCUCAACACGGCCGGACGGUACAUCGCCUGCUUCAUUUUCCCCGUCGGCGCAUAUUCCGUCAAUUCCGUCAUCAUAGGGUGGGCGUCCAGUACAUUGGCGCAGACUAAAGAAAAGAAGGCAGUCGUUCUCGCCAUGACGAAUGUGGGAGGCCAAAUCGGAUACAUUUACGGAGCGUAUUUGUGGCCUGAUUCAGACGAGCCGCGGUAUGGAAUUGGGUUUGGCGCUUCUGCCGGCUUUGCGCUUUGCUCAAUUGCUUGCGCGUGGGCAAUUCGGGUCAUGCUGAUCAAAGAGAACAAGAAGAUCAUACAGUCCGCAACAGAGAACGCGAAUUUAUAUGGUUACUAG